AUGAGAGCAUUUCUUAUUGUCUUAUUAAUUUCUUUUGCAGUUGCUGGACCAAUUAUUUGCAACCUUUGUAUUGGACUUGUUAAUACCCUUGAUGGCCUCAUCGUAAAUAAAGGUGCUGAUAGAGUAAGAAAUUAUAUUGAUGAUCUUUGUGGUAAGGCUGAUGGAUUUAUUGCUCAGCUCUGUGAAAAACUUCUUUCAUUUGGACUUGAUAAACUUAUUGAUCUUAUUCAAAGUAAAGUCGAUCCUAACGCAAUUUGUGCUCAAAUGAACGCUUGCUAA